UUUUAGCCAGCUAGAUACAAACAUGGAUGAUACCGAUUCAAAAAAGCCAAUUUUUGAUCAGCUUAAAUUCUUGAUGAGACCAGGUCCUAAUCGUGCGGAAAUUAGAAAACUGAUUGAGGAAAACGGAGGUGUCUUGGUUAGUGCAAUAAAGGAAGGAGUUAUCAGGCUGACGGACGAUAAGUUGCAUUUGGAAGGAUAUCACACUGAUUUUAUAAAAGAGUCGUGUAAAAAACAGAAGCUCCUUGACAAGACAAAAUAUGAACUGCCAAGGUAUAGAAGUGGCACAACAUCAACUACAAUUUCUAUUGAUAGAAGUUUACUAACUAAUGCACGUCUAAAGUACCAACCAGAAGAAGAUGAUGCCAUUUUAUGUUAUGUGUCAAAAUACGCAAGGAUGAGUGGAUGUACCGGAAGUUUAACAGGAAAUCUGAUUUGGAAGAAGAUGCAGAGUGAAAAGGUGACUUUGCAUUCAUGGCAAUCGAUGAAAGAUCGAUAUUUAAAGCAUCUUCAACAUAGAGUACCAUCAUUUGAUUUUCAACGGAUAACAAUGCGUGUUUGUGAUGGUCGAGAAAUACCGUUUGCUGUUAAUACAUUUGACAAACCUUCAUUUUCCCCGAGAAAAGGGAAAUCUACACCGAUAAAAGAAGCGCGGAAGGAAAUAAGUGAUCCUACUGACAGCGUUGAAACAGAAUCAUCAAUAGCAACUGAAUCAACAGGUGAUGUCACUUUGGUUAGGCGGAAAAAACGAAAGAUGCUUCCAAGCAACCAGCCAGUGUUUACAGCAUCACCUCGAGACUCUUAUGGUAAUCCGAUCGAUGAUAUUGAGAAGAGUUCUACUUGCAAAGGAGAAAACAAAGAUUUAUCAACAACCAUGUCAACCAACAAGGAGAAUAACAACAAUAUAGACCCUUCCGAAGAUAUCGACUUUUUCCAGACAAUUAAUUCGAAUGAGAAUUCGAUGGACACACCCAAUGAAACAAUCAAAAACACUGUUGAAUUACAUAACAGUCAACUUAAAACUCAGCCAGCAAAUAAACAAAACGAAGAACUAAUGACACUUCUUAAAGAUGUUACUGUCGUAUUUAACGAUGUAUAUAGUUUAUCCCCCACCAAAAGUUUGAAAACAGAACAAACCAGCGAAAAGAAAGCAGAGGAUAAAAAUGAACAACAUGAAGCGAUUUCUCCGGAAACUAACCCCCGUCUUUCUCCAAAAUUUUGUUCCACACGUGUGAAAGGAAAUACACUCGUGACAAAUGUACGUUCGUCAGAUUCAGCUACCAGACAGCUUCCUGUUUUUGACAGUAGCGAUGAGGAUGAUUUGUUUGACAAGCAGCUGUUGAGACAAGCAAUGAUGUCAUCACAAAACAUAAAACCAAUAUUGGACGAAAAUACAGCAUCAGUUAAUGAACAAACAGGAAUAGGAGAAGAUAGCCACAACCAUUCGGCUGAAAGUUGUUUAGCAGGAAAUUCAUCGUUGUCGCACAAUGUCGAAAAUGAAAUUAUUUCAGUGGAGAACAUUCCACCAUGCGAAUGUCAUAGAAGGCCAGCGUACAAACGAGCCCUCCAGAAGGUGCAGGAGUUUGACAACCUAGUCCGCGAAGCUGACCCUAUAUUUUGGACAUCUCUUCGUGGUGAACUGUUGUCAAUUGGUGUAAUAUCGAAGUAAAAACCUCUCGUUAUUUCAAUCUGACCACGUAAAACAAUCGUGAUGCAAAACCAUGAAACGAUUAUACCCGCUGUUUGCUGUGGAUGUAUAUAUGUAUAUAUUUUUGCACUUGUAAAAAUCUAAAAGUCAA